GUCGCGACGAGUAAAUCAUUUUCACAUUCUAGCUUCCACAUCAGGCAGAACCUCCCCCAUCCUUCUACUAUCGCACUGAGUGAGCAUGGAGUCCACGGGUCCAGGUACAGGAUAUGACACGAAACAUCAAUUUCGGUACGUCCUUGCACAAGGCCUUGCUUUGUGGUCUGGAAUUGACACUUCUAGGCAACCCCAAUCAGCCGACAAAGUGGAGUAUUUCCGUCACCAUCUUGGAUACAACGGGCCCUGGAGGUUUGAUACCAGGAAAAACAUCGGAAAGAUUGCGAUCUUCCUUUUCAUUCUCGCUCUUGCGCUCGAUUGCUACGGUAUCAACCUAACACUCGGCACCACGGACCUCGAGCCACGGUUUGUAUUCGAAAUGACUGGAAGUUCCAUCGGAGCAGCCUUCCUCUGGAGACGUGGUAGUAGGCUGUGGGACAUCAGAAGGCGCAUCCGCGCUUUGGAGACGGAGAUUGAAGACGAUGAAGGGGACAUUCAGAUGCAUGAAAUCAAGAGCUUGGCUGAGAAAAUCAACUUUGAAGCUUUAGCGGUUUUUUUCGGGGGUUCAGAACGGGCGACAGAGCGAUGGCGUUUCGUUUCUGAUCUAGGUACAGGAUCUGGGGCGAAGGGCGAAGGGCGAAGGGAGAGUAUCCGGGGCCGAGCAGUAGUAGUCAAUGACAACCAUCUCUGUCGGUUAGGUUAUCGCUCUCGGAUUCUCGGUUCAUUCGUUCUGCUAAGAAUAAGGUGGAUGGGUCGGUGAACCCAGAUGCAGCAAGUCCGCCGUCAAUCCACAAUAGCGUCGAUCAUCUCCGCCAGGGCGGUUGCAAAGUGAACCGCCGUGACCCGCUUCUGGACUGUUUAGCUUAUCGAGGCGUUGC